CAACUUAGGAAGAUUGAGUGCAGAUAUGUUCCAGUUGACUGGAGCUUAAAAACAAAAGUUCGUUUUACCUCUCCGAUACCUUUCCCUAGCCGAGGUAGUUUUAGAACCUUUGAAGAAGUUAAUGGAACUGUUGGUUUUGUUCGAUGCUUGCAUUCAGAAGAAUCUGAUAAAAGAAGGUCUGGAACACAUUCAAGUCAUGGUGCCAAAUUCUUUCAACAGUGCCUUGUUUGGAUGCAUCCAUCUCUUCCAUGGUUAAACUUAUUUCCUCGGGUCAAUAACAGAAGUGUAAAGCAAAACAAUUGCAGUGUCAUUUUAGAUUCUGUUGCACAAGAAAUAUUGCAUUCAACAUGGUGUGAUAGCUUCCGCUCUUUAUAUCAGUUGGUGAGAUUAUUUCAAUGUCCUUACUUUUACAUGUGUACUGAAACAUUUACAGUUCUCUUUAGAUGUGCUGGAGCAGCUUCUGUACCUGUGAUACAUGCUUUAAUUAGUCCGACUACAAAAGGUUUUCGAAAAGCUCUGAAAGAAGAAGGCAUUGCAUUUACUAUGCCUCUUUGUCAAAAAAGUGACGAUUCUGGUGAGUUAACAGAUGAAAAUCUUGAUUCUUCUCAUCCUGAAGAAAAUGGAGAAAACAAAGCAACAGAAGAAUCUGAUGAUGAUAUUGAAGAUGAUGAACCAGAAACAUGGUUGGAAAAGUUGGGUCUUAGUCAAGACGAUUUUCCAUCUCUCAAUAAAAAGAAACGUCGUAGUGAGAUGGCAUAUAAAAUUGACCACAAGCCUGAAUCAUUAGUGUAUGUAGAGGAUUCAGAAACUCAAGCUCUUGUAAAUUUUCUUUUGAAUUCUCAAUUGUGCACAUCAAAAAUUGGACCAAUGGCUGGCAUUCCACCAACGUUGUUGGCUCCAACUGCUUUUCUUGGUGGAACUCUUCAGUCUCUCAAGAUAAGUCAUGGAAAGGUGAAAAAUGAAGAUAAAGAAUUAGAUUCUGUAGAAAUAAAUGGCCCAUUACUUCCUAAUACUAUUCAUUCUUUAUGUUCUCUGUUUAAUGCAACCCAAGAGGGAAACUUUUCAGCUGUUUUGACUACACAUGCGCCCACUUCAGCAUUUUCCAUGGUCACUCCACAGUCUCCUAUUUUACCUUGCAUAUUUGCAAAAAAUAACUUGACUGAUUGUGGGUUACCUGAAGCCUUUGUUCAACAAAUGUGCUCAAAUACUGAAGAACUGACAAUUAGAAAUAUUACAGCAGACAACGGACUGUUCUCAUGGAAAUAAAAAUCAAAUAUUAAAUUUUUAAAUGUUCACUGCAUCUCUUAUUUUGUUAUUUGUACAAAAUAUUUCUUGCUAUAGAUUUGAAGGGAGGGAAAGAGUUUAUAUUUAUAAAUUUAUUUUUAUAAUUUUGAGUUACAAAUAUUUUGAAGUGUUUUUUACGACAAUGAUUUCAUUGCUGUGUGUGACUUGGGAAAUAGCUUCCAUGACUUUCUUGGGUUGGAUUAAAAUGAAUUCUCUUUCUUGAACUGAAUCAUCCAUAUAGGUAUGUGUAUUUAUUUUGUGUCAUUUGAGGAAAUUUUAUUGCACUUAAAUAUCAUAAUAAUUCAAUAAUCUCUAAGUUAAUAAGAUUUGAGAGACUAUCGUUUUCCUAAUAAUAGUGUAAAAUAAUAUCAUGUGUAACUAAGGUUUUUUUUUGGGGGGGGUGUUCUAUAAUAAGGUAUCAAAUACAUGUUUACAGCUAGAUGAAUGUAAUGAUACUUAGGAAAAUGAAAGUUUGAUGUUCAUUCAUAAGAAAAUAAUAUGUAGCAUAUAUGCUAGUAGACAAUAGUUGAGAGUUAGUUCUUAGUAAAUCAGAUUCUUUUAUAAUAGAAGUGUUUAUUAUUUUAGUGAUUUAUUUCAUUUAUUUGAUUUUCUUUUGAUACCCCUUCUAAUGCUAUUGAAAAUAAGAGUUAUAUACUAGAAUUGGAAGGGGUGGAAAAAUACUUUGCUCUCCAUUGCUUAGAUAAUGAAAUGAUUUUGAAAAAUAAGAUUAAGAUUGGACUCCACUAGAUAAUCAUAUUUGUUAUCUAAUUAUUAAUCUAUUUUAAUUAGCUAUGUUUCAAAGCUGAAUGUUAUGAACUGCAUUAUUUAUAAUCUGUAAGAAGCUGUAUUAUAUCUGAACUAUUUAGUGCACUGAAAAACUGAAAAUUUAAAAGUAAAAAAAAAAAAAAACUAAUAAAUUGUGUUUUUUUA